UGAAGAUGGUGAAGAUUCUGCUCUCUUUGCUUUUACUGGCUGCUCUUACCGAGCGAGUCUCAGCCCUGGUUCGGGAACACUUUUAUGUGGAGGAUAACAUAGAGUGGAGCGAAGCCCAGACAUACUGCAGGACAAACUAUAAAGACUUAUCCACCUUUAGCAGUGAAGAGGAGUAUUCGAGGUUCUUGGACACAACAGGAUAUCUACUCUUUGGUUGGAUCGGCUUGUACCAGGAAAGAGGUGCAUUGAAAUACAAACAGUGGUCUGAUGGUAACCCAGUUACAUACACACUGCUGACAAACACAACAACUAGUUAUGACCAGUGUGUGUUUGUCGACAGCACCGGGGCCUGGAAUGUUGGUGAUUGCUCAUCAAUCAUUGGGCCGAUGUUUUGCUACAGAGUGCCAGAUCUGGUCUUAGUAAAACAGAAUAAAAGCUGGGAGGAUGCAUUGGAGUACUGCAGGCUUAACUACAUUGACCUGGCCAGCCUGACCUCACUCACUGAUUUGCAGACGGCUGAAAAACUUGUAAAUUCCACUACAGUUAAAGUCUGGACAAGCUUGCGGUUCCUCGCCGGAGAUUGGUUCUGGGUUAACAAUGAGACUUUGGACAGCCAGAUGUCGUUGCCUUCAUGUCCCAUCUCCCCAAACCACUGUGGAGCUCGAAACUUCAAGACUGAUAGCUGGGACUUUCAAGACUGUGACAAGAAACUCUAUUUCUUCUGCUAUACUUAGAAAUCGACAGAUUACGUUGAUGCCGCUAUAGACAAUGAAGAGUAGUCGGGAUGGACUUUAUCAGUUCCCAAAAAGUUCCUCAAUGUAUACACAAAAGAUUUUGUCCUGAUUUUACAGUGUAUUAAACAAAUUCUCAGGAAGCAUGUUAACUAAUUUGUUGGAUUUAUUUCAUUUAGUUUUCCCCUUUCAGAUUUCAGUUCUUAACAUUUUUAUUUUGAUCUUGGUCC